AUGUUAGUUAUGGGAGAGUCAUCGUCAGUAUCAUCCCACGUGGUCAUAAGGUGCAACGGGCAAGGGCCCGUGGUUUCUGCAGAGCCAACUUCCUUGGACUUCGGCGAGGUGAAAGUUCUCGAAGAAAAAACGAUGGAAUUCCAGCUUAUCAACGAUUCACCUAUUCCUACUCAGUUUAUCGCCACAUUGAAAAGCAAAGAUUCACUGUGGAGCGUCAGUCCAGAGUCUGGUGAUCUCGAACCGCAUGAAUCGAUGACCAUUACUGUUAAACUAUGCUUUGUGGACCCUGGGAAAUACAAAGAUAAAAUUAUGCUGCGUGUAAUUAACAGCAGAACCAUCCCUGUAGAGGUCAAAGGAACUGGAUAUGGUUGCAGUGUCGUUUUCGAGCCACAGAUAUUCCCAACUUUCGACUGGGGCCUGCUUUUCAGCCAUCAACAAAUAGAUCGAACAAUAACUCUGACGAACAAGGGGACUCAUGACUAUCAAAUGAUCUGGAUAACCGAACCAGAAGUACGAUUUCGACGAGGUCAAAUGCUAAUGUCGCACACCACGAAGUUUCAACUACAUCCUUCGAUCGUCAAUAUUCCACCGGGGGAAACGAGACAUGUCUAUUGCAAGUUGUUCUGGAAAACAAACGAGUGCGUGGUAGAAAAAUGGAACGUUUUCGGUCAAUUUCACGGUAUAGGCAAACGUGAAUUGAUCGGCACGUCGUCUUUCACGGUUACUUUGACAGAACCGCAGAUUCUAUUUAGUAAAAGGAGGCUAACUUUUCGUGUGGACGUGUGCCCCGAGGAAGACAAAUUACAGCAAACAGACGAAUUAUUGGUGACCAAUCAAUCGAAGCUCGACCUUAACGUUCAGCUCUCGGUGAGAGAACCAUUUCAUUUGAUAACGUCUACCGAAGAAUACGUGCAAAGCAUGCAGAUUGUCCUGAUCGACGGAGGUACCACGAAAAUUCGCGUUUUCUUUUCCUUCGAUGGCGAUACCGAGAAUUGUUACUCGAAAAAUUAUUCCGGCGUACUACGACUGGAAUAUCAGGAGCAUCCCAAUCAGGAUAAAAUCACGUGUAAGGGUUACGUGAAUUUUCCAAACCUCGACAUACAGCCUAGUGAUUUUGUAAUUAACUGUGAGCUGGGCACAAGCGCCGAGGAAAUAUUAACGUUAACCAAUAACGGACCAGUAUCGGUUGUAUAUAAAUUCCUGUGGCUCGCAGAUUCCAUCGAUAUACAACGCGAUUCGGACGUCGUGCCGAAGUGUUCUGGAUGUUCGUCGCGCAAAGCAAAAUUAGAGGCGAAUACAGCCGAGAUGCAAGAGGUCGAGGUAGCGGACGAGGUACACGAAGACAUUUACACGAGUGACAAGCAAGACGGAGUCGGAGACGGGCCAUUAGACACGAUACCGCCACCUACGAAUUCGCCCAUUUCAGAGAACCAGAGCUCGGAAAUUCCUCUUACGGAGGAAAUUUCUGAAAUAGACGAUUGUUUGGUAUCCGCAGAGGAAAUAAGAAACUUCCUAAUGCCGAUUGUUGGAUCAUAUUUUAAGACAGACGAAGAUCUGGUUGUGUUAGAGAGCAUGCAAACCGAUCCUCCAAGGAAUCACUAUAUCAACGAAGUUCUGAAGAUCGUUCCAAACGAGGGCACGGUGCUUCCGUAUUCUGUGCAACGAGUGCACGUAGGAUUUCACGGUUUCGAACGGCUUCGAAUAAAAGCCAUCAUCGUCUGUGAAAUUUUCCGUGGACCCACCGAGCGGAUUCAUCUACUCGCUCGCGCAGACGCUAUUAGAUACGCGAUUGACACGAAUGUUAUCGAUUUUGGUCAACAGUUGUUUCUGGAAUAUUCUCGUAGCAGCUUUGUCUUGAGGAAUCUCUGUACGAUAACGUUCGAUUACGAAAUAAAAGUCACGGAGGUGGCUUCCAACGAGGCGAUCGAUCGAUUCGAUAUAUAUCCAUUGAUAAUCCGACCGGAUGGUGGCUUUGUGGACGCUGAAUCGGUCGUGGAGUUUCACGUGGAUCAUCUGCCAACGAUGCUCGGUCCUAUCGGUCAUCGAUUUCAGUUAGAAAUCGGUCACUUGAUGCCCGUCACGGUCGAAGUGAUCGCUUAUGGUGCUUUUCCGCAAGUUUACCUGUGCAUUCCUCGAGGAAAAAUGCAUCAAUAUCAUUCCAUCGAGUUAGAAUACUCUGCUAUCCAGUCGUUGACCGAGGAUUUCAUAGUUAACAAAAUAGGGAACAUCGUUGCCAAGAAGAUUAACGAUUUACUCGAAACGGACAUGGAGAUGUUAGCCGCCGAGGAAUGGUGUAUUAUUCCGUACGACGAGACGUUUCCACGAACGAUGGACAUCGACAUGGCGAUAGAAAGGUGGUUGGCAAGGAAGUUCGUCGAUGCAAAUUCAUACAUUUUAAUGCAGCAUGCUACGACUCGCAGGAACGAGCCAAUUCCUCAACUUUUUUCAUCCGAGCACGUUAUUGAUAUGAAACACGUGAUCGUCGAACGUACUGCUCACUACUCGGUCAAUGUAAUUAAUUACGGUCCAUGGAACGUGGAAAUGAGAAUAAAAAUGGAGAACAAGAAAGACCGUCCGAGAAGAUCUGGCAUCGUAGUACACUUCAGAAAGCAUUCCAAGCUGUUGGUCGGCGAUUCUGCUGUUCUUCAAGUGACCUGGCACCCUACACGAGAAAGAUUUUCAGAGAGAAGCACAGAAGUGAAACAUAUGAUUUACAUAGAGGUAUUAUAUGGAUGCACGAUUCCUGUCACUAUAAAAGGAAUAGUAACUUAUCCGUACGUCACCGUCAAUACUAAGUUUCUGGACUUCCAGGACGUUGUUGUGGGAGAAUGUUUGGUUCUUCACAUUUCGAUCAAGAACGAGUAA